UCACGUUUCUUCUUCAUAAACGUUUUAAAUACUCAUGUUGUGACAAUGCACCCUCGCUAUAAAAACAUACCUCAACUUCGAUCUCAAAUACUUCACCAUUUUUCAAAUCACACACAAUUUUAUUUUCUUCUUCUAGUUUUGUUGAUAGUUUCUUCUCUGCUACCCUCAUAUGAGUGUUCUACUUAAAGUUGCUGCUAAAGCUGCGCAUUAAAACAGAAAAGUAACCAUGAUUGAUUUACCAAAGAAAAACAACGACACGGAUAAUGGAGAAAACAAAUCCGAUGAUAAUUCAAAAAGUAUGGAAGUCUCGUAUUCAAAUGAUAGUAACAACAAUCAAAAUGACCGAGAAUCAAGUGAAGAUUCAAGGGAAAGAAAUCCAAACGAGGAAGCUAAUAUGGCUAGACAUAAAGAAAAAUAUGCAUCAAUAGUUUCUCCCAUAUUUCAACCGCAACUUGAAAAUCAAAGAAACCAAAGUGAUUUAAUGCCCACGUUAUGUCCAGGGAUGAUUUUCACUGGGGUGGUUGAUGGAUUAGUUCCUGGAGGAUACUUGAUCAGUAUAAGAGGAGGAAAUGGUCUUGAUUUGCAAGGUAAAGCUUUUUUCUCCACUCGUAAAGUUACUCAAAUUGAAUCAAGUGCUAAUGUGAAUGUGAGUGUUCCUUGGGUAAGUCCUACUAAUGUUGAUCAUACUCAAAAGAAUCAUAAUCAAAACUCAAAUCAAGAGAAGGAGAAUGAUAAUCUCAAAAACACAUUGAAUCAAGAAGCAUGUAGCAGUUUUGGCAAAAACAAAACUCCUCUUGAAUUUGAAAUAGAUGAUGAGUUCUAUUCAGAUUAUUCAGACUUUGAGAUGCCACCUUCACCUGAACCUCAUGUGCCUGAUCCUUUACUAGUCACAAAUAAAUUUGCGCAUUUUGUGCUUAAGCAAGUUAAUCCAUUAACUGGGGUGCCAGUUAAUCAAACAAAAUCUCUUGAUAAAGGAAAAGGGAUACUUAAAGAUUGUUAUAAUCCAAAUGCAAAAGAAUAUAAAAUUGGCAUAGAUCCUUUUUUACCAAGGAAAUUUCCAUCUCCAGCCAUCAGUAUAAGUCCACCUUCUGAAGGUGUAAGAAAAAGAAAUUUCUCAGCUCAAAAUUUAGUCAAUAAACAACAUGCAAGACUCUCUAUGAAAGGUUCAUCAUCGCUUAAUCGAAACACAAGCCAACAUGUGUUGCUCAAAAAUAAUGAAAAGGUUGUGCACUGCCAACCAACUGGCACAAGAAAAAGAAAUGCCUCUACUGAAAUCUUAGACACUGAACAAUAUGCAAGACAUUCUCAGCAAGAUUUAUCAACAUUUAAUCGAAACACAAGUCAACAUGCGUUGCUCAAGAACAAUGAAAGGUUUGUGCACUGUCAACCAGCUGAUAUAAGAAAAAGAAAUGUCUCUACUCAAAUUUUAGACACUGAACAAUAUGCAAGACUCUCUCAUCCAGGUACAUCACAACUUAAACGAAACACAUGUCAACAUGGAUUGCUCAAGAAUAAUGAAAAGUCAGUGCACUGGAAAUCAGCUGGCAUAAGAAAAAGGAAUGUCUCUACUGGAAUUUUAGAUACUGAACAAUAUGAAAGAAUCUCUCAAGCAGAUUCAUCAUCACUUAAUCGAAAAAGAAUCCAACAUGCGUGGCUCAAGAAUAAUAAAAACUUUGUGCACGGCCAACCAGCUGGAAUAAGAAAAAGAAAUGUCUCUACUGAAAAUUUAGACACUGAACAAUAUGCAAGACUCUCCCAAUCUGGUUCAUUAUCACUUAAACGAAACACAUGUCAACAUGCGUUGCUCAAGAAUAAUGAAAAGCUUGUGCACUAUCAAUCAACUGGCAUUAGAAAAAGAAAUAUCUCUACUGAAAUUUUAGGCACUGAACAAUCUGCAAGACUCUCUCAGUCAGAGUCAUCAUCAUUUUAUCGAAACACAAACCAACAUGCGUUGCUCAAGAAUAAUGAAAAGUUUCUGCACUGCCAAUCAACUAACAUAAGAAAAAGAGAUGUCUCUACAGAAAUUUUAGGCACCGAACAAUAUGCAAGACUCUCUCAGCCAGUUUCAGGUGUAAUGGGUUCUAGCAUUGCGCAACGAGAAAAUAAAUGUUUUAUUGACUUGGAAGAAGAAGAAGAUGAUGAUGAUGAGGAUACAGAAUCAGAUUCUAUAUGAUGACUAGUUAGGCACAUACAGGAUGAUAGCUCCAGAGAGUGCAUAUUAUAAAUAUAGUGCAGAGUGGAUUAAAAAUGGGUGACAUUGGCAUUUUGGAUGGUUUUUAACUUUUGGUUGAAUUGUUGUUUUGAUGAAUUUUAGAUUUUGUUUCUCAUUAAACAAAUUUGGAUAUUUUUCUCUUGUAUUAUUUAAAUGAUGAAUUGGAUUUGCUUAAAUUUAAA